UUGUUGUCUCCUCACAUGUAAACUUUUAUCAACUUAAGGAAACACUGGCAGAAUGAUGUCCGCAGCCAGUCGCCAUUUACUAUAGUUAGUCGUGUAACGUGUAAUCUAGUCGACGAGUGUGUGUGUGUGUGUUUGAAGAGGAACACACUAUAACGCCAGCAGUUUGUCCGUGUCUCUGAGAUGUAAACCUGUUCAGCUGGGACUUCUGCACACGUACAGUCACCAUCUCGGCUGGAUGAGCUUUGGUUGUGAACUUUUCAGCGACUGGGUAUAGGAAUAAACGGCAUGGUGGGAGUGGAGUGCAAGCCUGAGCAGGUGAGGGUGUGAUCCCUCUGUCGGGGGGAGAAGAAGAAUGGCUCUAAAUCAUACCUUUGACCUGAACCACCCUCUCUUGGAAGCCGGACUGGAAAGCCCAGUGAACGAGGACACUGUCCAUGACUCGUUCAGUCAGCUAAUAGCAGAGCAGAGCGAUAACGAAGGACUAUCUGAUGCCUUCGAGCUGCAGCAACUACAGAGAGAUCUGGAUGAGGAGGGCCAGGACAAUGUGGUCCGUCUGUCCAGGCGUAGACAUGACGACAGGGACAGGAGGAAGCAUCAAAGGAAUGAGGAGUGGGAGGACGAUGAAAGACAGACAGACACCCUCAUGGGUGAACAGUGGUCCUCGGACACCUUGAAGGUCUUGUCCUCCAUGCCCAGUCGCACCAUCGGCCGCAGCAGAGGAGCCAUCAUCUCUCAGUACUACAACAGAACGAUGCAACUUCGGCGACGCAGGCAGAGCAGACCCUCCAUCCGAGACUUCUCUCGCUCUGCCAGGCCGAGCAUACGAGGCUACGGCAUAGAGGCAGACAUCACAGACGCAGAAGGCGUAGAGGUGAGUAAAAGGGACCGUUUGGUGAAUAACCUGCAGAACCUCUCGGUGAGCGACAGGGUCCGGAUGCUCAGAGCGAUGCCUCUCAGUGUGGCUGAGAAGAGUGAACUCAGGAGGUUAGCAUUACAAAAGGAGAGACACUCACAUUCAGGCAGACGGAUCCCCUGUUGCAGUCAGCUCAAGUAUUACAUAAUAAUUGCUUUGAGACACAGCUGGUAUAGCUGGCUGUCCUUCCUACACUCGCUCCAGCUGUGGCAAGUUGCGCUCAAGAGAGUGAGUGGGCGUUUCGGCACUGCAGUCCUCUCAUACUUCCUGUUCCUUAAGACCCUUCUGUUUUUCAACCUCCUCCUGUUCCUGGUGACGGGUGUGUUCUUGGUGCUGCCUCAGGCAGUGCACCCUCCGCUGCUGCUUGAUGGGCGACGCCGCUUCUCUGGACUGGAGCUCCUCACUGGAGCGGGCUAUUUCUCAGACACUGUAAUGUACUAUGGAUACUACUGUAAUUACACACUGCACAGGAGCUGCAGGGACAAUGGUGGAGAGCCAAAUAUGUCUGUGUCCAACGGAACCAGGCUCGACUGUGUGCUGGGGCAUCUCUCUUACAAGAUGCCACUGGCAUACUUCUUCACCAUAGGAGUGGCCUUCUUCAUCACAUGCAUCAUCCUCGUGUACAGCAUGUCAAAGUCGUUUGGUCAGAGCUUUACAAUUGACAAAUCUCACAGUAUCCUGGCCAUGAAGGUCUUCUGCUCCUGGGACUUCAAGGUUAUCAAGAAAACCUCUGUUAAACUCAUGUCUGAGAAUAUCUUCAUCCAGCUCAAGGAGCUGUUGGCAGAGGUCAGUUAUAAAAGUGUCCAGAACACCACGUGUCAGAAGCUGGGGAGACUGAUGGUCCACGGCCUGGCAUGGGCCAUCUGCAUAGCAAACACCGCUGCCUGUGUGUUUGGCGUUUGCCGCUUCUCUGAAUACAUGCACCAGAACCUCCAGCAAAGCUCUCGGGCUGAUCUCGCAGCCAAGAACCCUCUGCUGAAUGAGGCCAGCCUACUGGCUGUGCCUGUGCUGGUGUCGCUCAUCAACCUGCUGCUGCCCGGCCUGUUCAACCUUGCAGCCUGGAUGGAGGACUAUGAUUCACCUUCUGUACCCACAUAUGUUUCCAUCAGCAGGAACCUGAUGUUGAAAGUGAGCGUGCUUGCCGUGCUCUGUUACCACUGGCUGGGUCGGGUGGCUGCUGACCCUGAAAGUAUCGGCCUGACGUGCUGGGAGACUUUUGUCGGCCAGGAGCUUUAUCGCUUCCUACUGAUGGACUUCAUCUUCAUUCUACUGGACACCUUGUUUGGAGAGUUUCUUUGGAGGUUAUUUUCUGAAAAGGUGCUGAAGAGGAGGAGGAAACCAGUGUUUGACAUUGCCAGGAAUGUGCUCGAACUCAUCUAUGGACAAACAUUGGCCUGGUUGGGGGUUCUCUUCACUCCUCUCCUGCCUGCAGUGCAGAUCCUCAAACUCUUUCUGCUCUUCUACAUUAAGAAGAGCAGUGUCAUGAUGAACUGUCAGGCUCCCAGGAAGCCGUACAGAGUCAGCCAGAUGACCACCAUCUUCAUCACUCUGCUCUGCUUCCCCUCUUUCCUUGGUGCCUCCGUGUGUGUCACUUACACCAUGUGGAGCAUCACGCCCUCUACCUCGUGCGGCCCAUUCCGCGAGCUCAAAACCAUGUUCCAGGCGGGGAAACGCUGGGUGGAAGAACUACAAAAAGAUAAUCCCAACCUGUCUGCGCUGGCCAUGGCUCAUGCUUACCUGGUGGAAAACCCUUUGUUCCUGUUCGUGGGAGCAGGCAUCUUUCUGAUAGUCAUCUACUUCCACAGUCAGGUGGUGGACGGUCAAAGGAAGAUUAUCAAUUUAUUACAGGAGCACAUAGAAAAUGAGGGAGAGGACAAGAAGUUUCUGAUCACUCGCCUGCAGUUCAUCCAUGAGCAAAACCGAACCCAUACUCGAAGAGUUAAAAGUCAGGACUCGAGUUGCUGAGAUCCCAAACCUUCUGUCUCCAGUAGACAAGCUUCCUCAAUUCUCUGAGCACAGAGGGCUGGAAAAACCUGGGGAUAUAACUGGAACGGCGAAGGACAACUGUAAAUACAAGCAAAAUCAAAUGUAUUACAGUAUACAUUUGGUAGUUCUUAAAUUUGACUUGGAUUUUAACAACCGGAGUGCUGUAGAGAGGAGGAACAAACAGCGUGAAACCGUGCUGUCGGCUUUAUACAGUAUUGUAUAUAGAUGAAACUGUAGGAAGUCAAAGUGAAAUUGUUAGGCAUUAGCCAGGGGUUAAUUUGUGCCAGAACAAGCCGGUUCCAGAUCUGGCACCUCUCAACUGUGACCGGCGCCUCAUUUACAUAUGAAAGAACUAAGCUGCUAUCUUUAUGUGGAAACUACGCACCAGUGACAGAGGCAACUUUUUCAUCCAGGGACCUCCUGUCCUCACAGUGACAUGCUGGGUCUAUCACCAAGAAAUACCGGGACCUUAUAAUUUACAAAUUAAGCACUGGCACUGGCUGUGUUGAUAGACAGGAUGACUG